UAGGGAGGUUUCGCAAGUCGACGGAUACGGUUACGCGAACGGCUACGUCAUCACUUUAUGUGGCCACGUGACGAGUAUUCGUCUGCCACAUCCCAUACGAGUGCGUGAGACACGGACAUCGGCUGUCAUACACUUCUAGAGUCAGGAUGGAGAGCUCAACAUCAAGUUCAAGUUCAAGCACGCCGCCACUUCGUUUUUAUCCAGCCCUGGAUAUUGUGCUUCUGAAGGAAGUUUUGGCAGUUGAUCCUUACAGGCUGGACAGAAACACGGAAGAAUGGGAGAAAAUAUCCACCAACGUCAAUUCCAGCCUUACAGGGACGAAGAAAGUUUCUGUCAGGGGCUGUAAGGAUGGGAUGAAAACCCUACUAAAGGCCCACCGUAGAGCUGAAAUGAUGUCACUGAAAGCAUCAGGAACAGAUGAGGAGUAUACAGAGAGGGAUGUGCUGUUGACAGAUGUGGAUGAGAUGGAGAGAGAGGCUGCAAAAUGUAAAGAAGAGAAGAAAGGGGCCCAAUCUGCAGAAAAGCAGAAAGAAGAACAAGGCAAGGAAAUUAGAGAAGCUGCAAUGCAGUCCCUCAAAAGAUCAGGUGAGAACGCAGGCCAGGAUGAUGCAGCCAGUCCAAAGAAGAGAAGAAGUGGCAGAACUGACUUUACAACGUACUUUGAGAUGCUACGUGAAAAAAAUAACAAAGAUGCUGAGUUGAAGGCCAAGCAGUUAGAGCUGGAGAAAGAGAAAUUUGACUUGGAGAGAAGAGAAAGAGAAUUCAGGAUGGAGCGUGAUUCCCUUAUGAUGGACUUAAUUCGCCAAUUGAUUGACAAGAAAAAUAAUGAGUCAUAAUCAUAAUUCAUAAUCAGGGGGAUAAUCAUUAAUGUCUGAAUCAAUAAUUUAUUUCUGUGUUCAACUUAUUUACUAAUAAUUCUGUAAGAGAUUAUAUG